AUUAUUACCUCUUCAAUUUUGAGCCUUUCCUUUUUUUUUCAGUCUAAUUUGUUGUGUUGUGCCCACCCAGAUUCAAAAUUCAUCUUGGAAUCUCUGAUUUGUCUUCUUUUUCCACUCUGGCUCUCUAUUUCUGUGUCUUAUCUUCCUGUUUGCUUGUGACUUUGUGUGGUGUGUGUGAUGUGGCUGUGAAGUGGUUGUUAAAAGUCUCACCUUUUGGGGUUCUUUGGUGAUUUGUUUUUGUUGCAUUGGACUGGAAUCUGAAGAUGGGUUUUCAUUGUUAGGUAUUUGAGGGUUUCUGAGCAUUGAUUUGAUUUGGAAGAGAAAGAUGAAGGAUUUCUCUGGGACACCUGGCACUGUUCUUGGGCUUGUUCUUAGGAUGUCACAGUUCAUUUUUGCUGCUGGGUCUAUUGCUUCCAUGGCUACCACAACCAGUUUCUUUAAUUUGACUGCCUUUUGUUACUUGAUAGCUUCAAUGGGUUUACAAAUCAUUUGGAGUUUUGUGCUUGCUUUAAUGGAUUUGUAUGCUUUGGUGAGAAAGAAGGUCCUCCUCAACCCGGUACUAAUUAGCCUCUUUGUAGUUGGAGAUUGGGUAACAGCAACACUAUCUCUUGCAGCAGCUUCUGCCUCGGCUGGUAUUACAGUUUUGUACUUUCAUGAUCUGGGACACUGCCACUUUGGAGAAGAGUGCCAAAAGUACCAGAUUUCUGUGGCAUUUGCAUUCCUGAGCUGGAUUUCAACUUCAAUAUCAUCUCUAAUUAUGCUUUGGCUAUUAGCUGCAGGGUAGCUAACUUUUCCACUAGAAUUCCCUCAUCCAACCAGAAUUAGUCAUGUUGAAAAUUUUAUUUUCAAAUUGUUAACAGGAAAGGAAUCACUGUAGAGUUGUACUCUGAAAUUUAAUUGGGAUAGCUGCAGAAUGCAGAUUGUAAAGGGGACAAAAAAUGUAUAAAUGAUUUUUCUUUGCAAAGAUAUAAACCUAUAUGUUUACGUGAAA